UGUGGCGGAACGAAGAACAGAGACUAAGCAAAUCGUACCAAUCACUCGAUUCCUCCAGUGAAUUAUCUCCAUCCAUUUCUCUCCAAUUACUUCUCUUUUUCCACCAAAGCAAACUCCUCUCUUCUUCUCAUCGUCAUAUGUGAUCUCUAAGGAUAUGAUGAGUGUUCUACCAACUCUUCCUCGCAACCUCGCGUUGCAGGUUCCUGAAUGUUCUUUGAAGAAUAAAUCAAAUAAGUUUCUGUAUUCAGGAUGUUCUGGAAUAGAGUUUCCUUUUGGUGGUGUGUUGUCUGUACAGAGAGAAUAUUUUGCCAAUUCUCAUAGAAGCAUUAGAGGUUCUAGGUUUAGUUUUGUUAAAGCCAUAAGCGAUGAUGCAGAUGCUGGCGAGACCGAGGAUGAGAGUCAAGAUAAAGAAACCUCUCAGAGUGAAGAGGGUAGCGGUGGACUAUCUCGGGAUGAUUUGGAAAGGAUUGUUGGUAGGGAUGAUUCAAGUUUUAGUGGUGUAGAUCUUGCUACUCUUAUCAGGAAGAAGUAUGGUCGAUCAUAUGACGUCCAACUGAUAAAGAAGGAAUUCAUGGGCAGGAAUCUACUUGCAAUGAAUGUUAUGUGGAAAUACAUGGAACAGAGAUCAUUUCCAUUGACUGAAGAGGAGUAUAUCUUGCGGCUUGAUGAUGUGGCAAACAAUUUGAAAUGUUGGGGAGCUGUUUCACACAUACGAAAUAGCCUUGAGAAGCUCAAGGAACGACCCCGAAUUGGGAAGGCCGUUAGCAUUUUCAUCGACAUGGAUGAAACCGGUGCUCGCUCUAAUGAGUGGAUUUACAAAUGAGGCUAUCAGAUAACAAUUCUGAAGAGAUUUAAGAGAUGAAUGGCACCAGUGAUUCUGUUCCUCAAAUUGUUCUUCUCAAUGAAUUCAUUCAACUUGUUUCUUGAAGUUGUUCACUUCCCAUAUCCCCCCAACAAUGAAGCCAUACAUAUAUAUAUAUAUAUACACCUUUUAUUUCUUCUCUUGUUUUCUGAACUUCAGUCUCUAUGUAUUCUUAAUUUCACUCUGUAUAUUUUUACAGGUGUUAUUCUGGCAAUGUAGUUAUUUAUUUAUUCAUGU